CCGUGGUUGCAGAAACUGUGCGAGCUUCAGGGAAACGUCCACCUUGAUUUUCCGCCAAGGAAACGUGAUGUGAACUCCAGGGAGAAGACCGACUCCCCCCAAGCCUUCGAACACCGUUCUGAGGAACCCACAACCCACGCCCUUCCCAGAGGAAACGGGGGCCCUAGGGAUCCCCCCCUGGCAAGCUUUGUCCAGUCUACAGGAGGCACCUUGGACCCUCUUCUGGCAGAGAAGACCACCUCGCCUCACAUGGGGGCCUCCACAGAGCCAACCGCCCUCCCAGAUGCUGGCUUGAGACCGAUCCUGCCGUCCAGGAGGAAGCCCUCCUCUCCCAAACAAGGGAGCGCCUCCAGGAAGCACGAGAGACUCAGAACCGCAGCCGCGGUGGCUCGGCCCAGCCCGACCGGUUUACGGGCGCUCGUGUCCACAGACAUCCCACCCCUUUUUGCAGAGGAGGGGGACAUGGCAGCCGUGGCUCACAGCGGUCACCCCACCCUGCCCGAGCAGACCUCCUGGGCUAGCAAGGCAGCGGGCUUCGGGGCCACCAGGCAUUCCCGCCUGCAGAUCUCGCCUUUCACGGCACCGCCGAUCGCCCCCCGGGUGUUUCCUCCAAGUCCAGGCGCCACAGGGCAGCCGGGGGCCGCCUUUCACGAGGGGGUCAUCCAGGCGGCAGCUGCCAGCAAGGCCGGGAGCGCCAAGGAUGAGGCGCAGACAAGAGCUGUGCCCAGCAAAGGUCAUGGAACCACCACGCCCACCACCAUCACGACCACGGUGGUCACCACCGAGCCACCGCCAAGUCUCUGCAGGGUGAACUUCUACGAGGCCGAGGGCUACAUCGACUCCACGGAUUACCCGCCACUGCCGAGGAGCCACUUCCUGGAGUGCACGUACAACGUGACCGUCUACACGGGAUAUGGGGUGGAGCUGCAGGUGAAGAACGUGAACCUGUCCGAGGGGGAGGUGCUCUCCAUCCGUGGGGUGGAGGACGACCGCUUGGUGGUCUUGGCCAACCAGACGCUCCUGGUGGAAGGGCAGGUGAUCCGAAGCCUGACCAACACCAUCUCGGUCUUCUUCCGGACCUUCCAGGACGAGGAGAUGGGGACAUUCCAGCUUCAUUACCAAGUGUUCAUGCUGAGCUGCAGCUUCCCGCGGAGGCCAGAAUUUGGGGAAGUGGCCGUCAUGGGCUUGCACUCGGGCGCCGUGGCCCGUUUUCAUUGCCACCUGGGCUACGUGCUGGAAGGCGCCGAUGCCCUGAGCUGCCUCAACGCGUCCAAGCCUCACUGGAGCGCCCUGGAGCCCGUCUGCUCAGCACCCUGCGGAGGGAAGGUGGAGAACGCCACCAUCGGCCGGAUCCUGGCACCCACUCGCUGGAAGAACCGCACCGAGAGUGUGGCUUGCGUGUGGACCAUCAGCGCACCGCAGGGACAGAAGCUGCACUUGCAUUUUGAGAAGCUGGUGCUGGGAGAGAAACAGAGGCUGGUCGUCUAUAGCGGGGAGACCAAUCGCUCGGCCGCCCUCUACGACUCCCGCCAGAGCGACAGCGUGCCCUUCGAGGGGGUGAUCAGCGAAGGGACCACCUUGCGUGUGGACUUCAUGGCGGAGGGUCCGGCUGUGGGACCCAUUUUCAACAUCCGCUUCGAAGCCUUUGAGAAAGGCCACUGCUACGAGCCCGACAUUCAGAAUGGGAACUUCACCACCUCCGACCCCACGUACAGCCUCGGGGCCCUCGUGGAGUUCGCUUGCGACCCGGGCUACUCGCUGGAGCAGGGGCCGGCGGUCAUCGAGUGCAUCAACCUCCGGGACCCUUACUGGAACGACACGGAGCCCCUGUGCCGAGCCACGUGCGGAGGAGAACUCUCCGCGGCAGCCGGGGUGAUCCUCUCCCCCAACUGGCCAGAGCCCUACACGGAGGGGGAGGACUGCGUCUGGACAGUCCACGUGGGGGAGGAGAAGCGGAUCUUCCUGGACAUCCAACUCUUAAACCUGAGCCACAGUGACAUCCUGACCAUCUACGACGGAGAUGACCUCAGCACUCACAUCUUGGGACAGUACCUGGGCAGCAGCGGGCCUCAGAAGCUCUAUUCCUCCACUCCGGAUUUGACCGUCCAGUUCCACUCUGACCCAGCAGGGCUUGUUUUUGGAAAAGGCCAGGGCUUCAUCAUGAGCUACAUCGAGGUCUUGCGCAACGACUCCUGCCCGGAUCUGCCCGAAAUCCAGAACGGCUGGAAGACGACCUCUCACACGGAGCUCGUCCGAGAGGCCAAGAUCACCUACCAGUGUGAUCCCGGCUACGACAUUGUCGGCAGCGAAACCCUCACCUGCCAGUGGGACCUCACCUGGAGCAGCGACCCGCCCUUCUGUGAGAAAAUUAUGUACUGCACAGACCCCGGGGAAGUGGAGCACUCGACCCGCUUGAUCUCCGACCUGGUGCUGCUCGUUGGGACCACGAUCCAGUACACCUGCAACCCGGGCUUUGUGCUGGAAGGAAGCUCGCUGCUGACCUGCUACAGUCGGGAAACGGGGACACCCAUCUGGACGUCGAGGUUGCCACGCUGCGUGCCCGAGGAAUCCCUGGCCUGCGACAACCCGGGGCUGCCGGAGAACGGCUACCAGAUCCUCUACAAGCGGCUCUACCUGCCGGGCGAAUCGCUGACCUUCAUGUGCUACGAGGGCUUUGAGCUGCUCGGGGAGGUCACCAUCAAGUGCAUUUUGGGCCAGCCGUCCCGGUGGAGCGGGCCCCUCCCCACUUGCAAAGUGAAUCAAGACAGCUUUGAACACGCUCUGGAAGCCGAAGCUGCUGCAGAAACCUCGCUGGAAGGGGGCAACAUGGCCUUGGCGAUUUUCAUCCCAGUUCUGGUGGUCUCCUUGCUCCUCGGAGGAGCCUACGUCUACAUCACAAGGUGUCGGUACUACUCCAGCCUGAGCCUUCCCCUCAUCUACUCCCACCCGUACAGUCAGAUCACGGUGGAGACCGAGUUUGACAACCCCAUUUAUGAAACCGGGGAAACGCGUGAGUACGAAGUGUCGAUAUAAGGCCGGCCACGCGUGGGACUGACGCUCUCCAGGCGCCGCCGUCUCAAUUUCUCCUCCCAGACCUUCUUCAAGUGAUCCAGUCCGGGCCCCUCCGUGGCCGAGGUCGGCUGAGCGCCUGCGGCUCCUUCCCUUUCGCUUUCGGCCGGAGAUGCCGCCUUCCUCUCCCCCAUCGUGAAACUCUGCUCCGGUGGUGCUCCAAAAUUCCCCCCCCCCCCCCGGAG